AUGGCACAAAUUCAAAAUGUGGUACUAGCGUUUUCCAGCCAACUACACGAACUAAAUGAAAAGUUGGAGCAGAUGGAGACCACUUUAAGGAAGUCAUACAUUCCGCCAGGCUUCGACCUGAUUGGAACCAGAUAUUUCUACAUUGAACAUUACGACAGGAAGAACUGGACGGAUGCUGGAAUCGCCUGCCAGCAGAAAGGCGGUUAUCUAGCGGCAUUCAAAAGCCAAGAGGAACUCGAAGAACUUCACAAGGAACUUCAACUGGCAGUAUACUGGCUGGGUAUCAACGAAAGGGAAAAGGAGGGCCAGUUCGUAUCUGUGGCCUCUGGAAAGGCAGUCGAAUAUUUCGAUUGGAUGCUCGAUGAACCCUUCAACUGGCAAGACAUUAAGCAGGAGUGCGUGGCCCUGACUCUUGGGAAAAUGACUGAUGUAGAGUGUUCAAGAGAGUUCCAUUAUAUAUGUCAGUUGGACAAUAAAAUUUAG